CUGGCCAUUGCUGCUGGUGCCCAUUUCUUGGUUGUUGUUGUGCUGCUGCCUCUACAAGAACUGAUUUUGUGUUGGCUUAUCAUGGAUAAAUCAGUCAACCAACUGGUAAUGCUAGAACAAGACGUACGCGUAUUAGAGAAAUAUAAACAGAAUUUGAAGAAAGUUUGCGAUAAAGUUGUAUAAGAAUUUAAAUAAGCAAAAAGGCAUCUACUAACAAUAAACAUAAACAUGAACCUGUAUUUUACAUCGCUGUGUUAAUACAUUUUAAAACUUAAAAUCAUCGACGUGACUUUCAAAAAAUGAAACAGAAAAAAAAAAUAGCAAACAUUUUAGUCGUCGUGAUGGUGUUAUUCUGGAGUCCAGUAGUGGACUUAAAAGGUCCUAGUAACGCACACACUCAGGAUUCAGUGUCCGUUUCCCUGCCUGGCGACAUAAUACUUGGUGGGCUAUUUCCCGUCCAUGAAAAAGGUGAAGGUGCUCCAUGCGGACCUAAAGUAUAUAAUAGGGGAGUUCAACGUCUGGAAGCAAUGCUGUAUGCUAUCGAUCGUGUAAACACUGACCCCAAUAUACUUCCUGGAAUUACGAUAGGAGUCCAUAUACUUGACACCUGUUCAAGGGACACAUAUGCCCUCAACCAGUCGCUUCAAUUUGUAAGAGCGUCCCUCAACAAUUUAGACACAUCCGUGUUUGAGUGUGCAGAUGCAUCAAGCCCGCAACUUAAAAAAAAUACUUCAUCGGGGCCAGUUUUUGGAGUUAUUGGUGGAUCCUACAGUUCCGUGUCCUUGCAAGUGGCAAAUUUACUGCGUCUCUUUCAUAUUCCUCAAGUAUCACCGGCGUCAACCGCUAAAACGCUUUCGGACAAAUCACGCUUUGAUCUGUUUGCUAGAACAGUACCGCCAGACACUUUUCAAUCCGUAGCCCUCGUGGAUAUACUAAAAAACUUUAACUGGUCCUACGUAUCCACGAUACAUUCGGAAGGAUCUUAUGGUGAAUAUGGGAUUGAAGCAUUGCACAAGGAAGCUACCGAACGAAAUGUAUGCAUAGCGGUAGCCGAAAAAGUACCCAGUGCCGCAGACGACAAAGUUUUUGAUUCCAUUAUAAGCAAACUUCAAAAGAAGCCUAAUGCUCGGGGCGUAGUACUUUUUACGAGAGCUGAAGAUGCCCGUCGAAUUCUACAAGCAGCUAAACGGGCUAACUUAUCCCAACCGUUUCAUUGGAUAGCAAGUGAUGGUUGGGGGAAACAACAAAAACUACUUGACGGGUUAGAGGACAUUGCUGAGGGCGCAAUUACUGUAGAACUGCAGUCAGAGAUAAUCGAGGAUUUUGAUCGCUACAUGAUGCAGCUAACCCCAGAGACAAAUCAAAGGAAUCCUUGGUUUGCUGAGUACUGGGAGGAUACUUUCAACUGUGCUCUGACAUCUGUUUCGGAGGAACCUUAUACAGGAAAAUCAGUUGAGUCUACUGACAAUAUGAUCGGCGGCAAGACUAAAACAACAUGCGACAACAGUUACCGGUUAUCAGAAAAAGUUGGGUACGAACAAGAGUCAAAAACUCAAUUCGUUGUGGAUGCUGUCUACGCAUUUGCGUAUGCACUUCAUAAUUUGCAUAAGGAUCGUUGUAACACACAAAGCGACCAAACGUCUGAGACAAGGAAGCACCUACAGAGCGAGUCUGUGUGGUAUCGAAAACUUUCGACUGAUACCAAGUCCCAAGCGUGUCCUGACAUGGCUAAUUAUGACGGAAAGGAUUUUUACAACAAUUACCUUUUGAACGUAUCAUUCAUAGAUCUAGCUGGCAGCGAAGUCAAAUUUGAUCGACAAGGCGAUGGUUUGGCCAGAUAUGACAUUUUGAAUUAUCAACGGCUAGAAAACUCUUCAGGAUAUCAGUAUAAGGUUAUUGGCAAAUGGUUUAAUGGUUUGCAACUAAAUUCAGAAACAGUUGUUUGGAACAAGGAAACCGAACAACCUACUUCGGCCUGUUCAUUACCAUGUGAUGUCGGGAUGAUCAAAAAACAACAGGGGGAUACCUGUUGCUGGAUAUGCGACAGCUGUGAAUCUUUUGAAUAUGUAUAUGAUGAGUUUACGUGUAAAGACUGCGGUCCUGGACUUUGGCCCUAUGCUGACAAGCUUUCCUGCUUUGCUUUAGAUAUUCAGUAUAUGAAAUGGAAAUCGCUGUUUGCUCUUAUUCCGAUGGCCAUUGCAAUCUUCGGUAUUGCAGUGACAAUUAUUGUAAUAGUAUUAUUUGCAAAAAAUCAUGACACUCCAUUGGUAAGAGCAUCAGGACGUGAACUAAGCUAUACUCUUCUCUUUGGUAUACUGGUUUGUUAUUGUAAUACUUUUGCGCUGAUAGCUAAACCAACAAUUGGCUCCUGUGUUCUGCAGAGGUUUGGUAUUGGGGUUGGCUUUUCCAUUAUAUACAGUGCCCUGCUAACCAAAACAAAUCGAAUUUCACGAAUCUUUCACUCUGCUUCUAAGUCAGCACAGCGCCUUAAGUAUAUUAGUCCGCAAUCACAAGUGGUGAUAACCACCUCUUUGAUCGCUAUACAGGUUCUAAUCACGAUGAUUUGGAUGGUAGUUGAACCACCAGGAACUCGGUUCUAUUACCCAGACAGAAGGGAGGUGAUUCUAAAGUGCAAUAUACAAGACAUGUCCUUCCUCUUUUCCCAGCUUUAUAAUAUGAUUCUCAUAACCAUUUGCACUAUUUAUGCAAUUAAAACGAGAAAAAUACCUGAAAACUUUAAUGAGUCAAAGUUCAUAGGAUUUACCAUGUAUACCACAUGUAUAAUAUGGCUUGCGUUUGUACCCAUAUAUUUUGGAACUGGAAAUUCCUAUGAGGUGCAAACUACUACAUUGUGUAUUUCAAUAAGUCUAAGUGCAUCAGUGGCCCUUGUAUGUCUAUAUUCACCUAAAGUAUACAUCCUCGUCUUUCACCCGGACAAAAAUGUUCGCAAGCUAACUAUGAACAGCACCGUCUACAGGCGAUCGGCCGCGGCGGGAGCUCAGGGUGCCCCAACCAGCUCUGGAUAUAGUCGUACACAGGCACCAGGCACCACUGCCUUAACUGGAGGUGCAGUUGGAACAACUGCGUCUUCAAGUGCGCUUCCGACACAAAAUAGCCCAACCCUUGAUGACGCUUCAGGCCAAUCAAAUGUUGUUCACAAGAGCAAUGGAGAAUUUCUACCCGAAGAAGGCGAAUUCGUUGGGCCAAUCUGUAACCGAAUAAAUAAGUAAAAUAAAUAGCGAGGAAAAUCUUACUUUAUAACACUGUGCUACAAAAUGAGACAAUUUUAAUGCACAAUUUGCGAAUCUGGUCCCUAAUGCAAGGAUAUAGAGAAAUAAGUCGUCAAAGAUAAAACAAAUGCUUAGACAUUUGUAAUAUUGAACCUUUCAGAUGCGUAUUUUUAAUUCAUUGUAUAAUUUUUAGUGGCCAUUUUCUUUAUUUGUAUACGGUUCAUCAUAAUAAAUCGAAUUUUUUAAGAUCAAUGUACACACAUUAGGGUGUACUUUUCCAAUAAACACUAAAGUUAUUGACAAAACAGUACUCAAAAUAUACCAUAUGGAAUUUUAUCUUGCAAACUUUUCGGUACACUGAAAAAAUGUAUGACAGUAUGUGGUCGUCACCAACUUUUAGAGUAAACUUAUGCUGGACAUAUAUACAUACAUAUCUAGAGUAUAAAUGCCUAAUCCUAACUUUCAUGUUAAUUUUUCGAGAUUACUACGUUUAUAUGAACAGACGACAGUUUAUAAAUCGUAUUUACGAAAAUUAUGUUACAUGCAGCUUUUUUAUUGAACACUGCCCAACACGGUUAUAUCCUAACAGAGGAUAUAUGGAUUUCAGUCAGCUUUCUUCAAAGCAAACGACACACUUGCGAAAAUAUAUAGUAUAUUUAUUCUUGUUUAGUAUCAACAGUUGACACACUAUUUGGUGCGUUUCAAAAACACUCGCUUAUCAACGUGCACUUUAGCAUCUCCCUCCCUUUCCUUUACCUCAUGUGCACGUUCAAAAACAUUCGGUUUAUUGCUUGCAUAUUUAUCUAUCUAUAUAUGUAUCUACCUCGCAGAAUGUUUAAGUAAAUGGUAUCUGAUAGUAUUGCACUGGACUUAAGCCUUUUUCCUUCUUACAUUUUUAAUGAACCCCUGUUUUCUCACCCCUGUUCUACUUAUAUAUACGGGGUGAAGUAAAAUUAAAAAAUUAUGUGUGCAGAAGUUAAUGACAGUUUGAUCUAAUUCCUAUCCUUUAAUAAAUUAGAUAAACAGCAAAUAUAUUACUAUAUAUAUCUUUAUGACAAUUUUGGUAUUAUUUUAUAAAUAUGUAACAAUAAAACUUUAAGUUGAAGUAUAUUGGACAGUAACACAGCGUUUUACCCAUAGAAUAAAUACUUUUGAUUGCCAUAAAUCGCAAAUAACUGGAACAGUGGGCACUUAGAGAAUAUAGCAUUAAUCCAUAUAGUGCGUGUCUUUUUUUGAAUUUUUUGAUUUUUUUAAUAAAGGGACCUAAUUUGUAUUUAGUUAGAAUCAACUUGUAUUUCUAAAUGUUUCAAUAGAUAUACUAAUUUUAAUUUAAAUAGUUAUUUUCGAAUAAAACUUUUUCCUGAGCCGGUUAACAAAUUAUUAAGUAAUUUGCAAAUACAAGUUGAACACCAUACAAAUAACGAUAAUAUUAAUGGUAUUCCGCAUACAUGAGUAUUUAAAA